AAGCAAAUCGAAACAUUCACCAGAUUGAAAAUGGCAGGUUCUCAAGCUUUGGUGAUGGCUGUUUUGGUGAUGGGAAUAGCAUUCCAUUCCACCCUGAUUGAUGCAACUAUUGCCAAAAGCAUGUAUUUCAAUUGGGGUGCUCACCAUUCUUCAAUUCUAGGCAAUGGUGAUGACCUCCGACUUGUUUUGGACCAAACAUCAGGAUCAGGCAUCCAAUCAAAGAGGGCGUUCCUGUUUGGAAGCAUUGAGAUGCUAAUCAAGUUGGUGCCAGGCAACUCUGCUGGAACCGUGACAGCAUAUUAUUUGUCUUCUACGGGUGCUAAACAUGAUGAAAUCGACUUUGAGUUCUUGGGUAACUCAACAGGAGAACCAUACACAGUCCACACAAACAUCUACACUCAAGGUCAAGGCAACAAAGAGCAACAGUUCAAAUUAUGGUUUGACCCAACUUCCGGAUAUCACAACUACACCAUUCACUGGAAUCCUACACAAGUAGUAUGGUAUGUUGAUAGCAUGCCUAUUCGGGUGUUCAGAAACUAUGAGAGUGAAGGGAUUGCAUACCCAAAUCAACAAGGGAUGAGAGUUUACUCCAGUUUAUGGAACGCUGAUAAUUGGGCGACUAGAGGUGGACUGGUCAAGAUUGACUGGACUUCAGCACCUUUUGUGGCUAGUUAUCGUAGGUUUAGAGCAAGAGCUUGUAAGUGGAAUGGACCUGUUAGUAUUAGUCUGUGUGCUAUUCCCACCCCCGGAAACUGGUGGAUGUCUCCUGUCUACAAGCAAUUGAGCAAUGGUCAACAGGCUCAACUCAAAUGGGUGAGAGACAACUACAUGAUCUAUAACUAUUGCACUGAUUUUAAACGGUUUAAAGGUCAGAUCCCCGCUGAAUGCUCUAUGCCACAAUUCUGACCAGAGGAUGAUUAAUUUCAAGUCUAUUUUAUUUCAAUAUUUUGAGAUUCUUUCAUUGCGUUAUGGUCACUUUUUUUCUUUUGUAUUCCUCAUAUAUUUGUUCCCAAAAAAUGUACUUAUCAUAUUGAUGAAACUAUUAUGAGAAAUUAAAUAUUCUCAUACAUUUUUUUCCUACUUAUCAUCUUGCCAUAUCAAAUUAUGUGUCACAUUUAAUGACACAUUUAAUGAAAUUGAUAAUAUUUUAAUCCAUU